GUUUGCUUUUUAACGCACAACACAAGAACCACACAGUGAUGAACUGUGGGCUGGGGGCGGGUCUCGGCGCGAGGAAAACAUGACGCCCGUCUUUCGAAUGUUUGGCCGCGCCUCUCUCAGUAGUAAGGCAGGGAUGGUGUUGUUUGGUUAAUGCAGAAGGCAGAAAGUUGUACAAGGGAACGGUCGCAUUUAUAAUCGCUAGUACUUCCCACCAAUGAUACCACUGUAGCCAGUGCGAUGCCUACGACCUCACGAUAACUUCAAUGGCUUUUUGCAUUUUGUUGCUGAUGUACCGAGUCAAAUAGUAACAACAGAUUAAGCCCCGAUUCCCACUUCUUUGCACAGAGACACAAUGAUGUGUCAUUUUUGCUUAAGCACAUGACAUGGCUUGUUGGAUAUGAGAUCAAAAUGACAAGAAAAUAAGCACACCUCAAAUAAGAAAUCUACAAAAAAUUUAGCCGAGAAAUAGAGCAUCAGGUUGCUCAACGCGCGCUAUUUCCAGAUUGUUUUUGCAGUUGAACAUUAAGGACGUUGGAACAACUGUGCAAGACCAUGGAUCUGAAAUCGGUUAUUUUGACAACCAGUAGCUCCGUGGGAUUUUUUAAGAUCGUGAACUGUGGAGUGAGCAGAUUGCCCGUGCCAGAGAGUGCUCGCAGGAACGUGUGGAAAUGGAGAAACACCUCAACGUCUCUGCUUCACAGCGUCAUCACUGGACUCUGGGCUGUGCUUUGCUUCUAUCUGCAUCCGCAGAUGGCGGAGGAUCUCAUCUCGACCCAUUCAGCAUUCUCCCACGCGCUGGUUUGUGUGUCAAUCGGAUACUUCAUCUAUGACUUCUUAGACAUGGUCCAUAACCAGACUCUCAGCCAAUCCUGGGAACUCCUCUUCCACCAUGUGGUGGUGAUCACGUGCCUGGGGAUAGCGGUGCUGACAGGGCGGUACGUGGGCUUCGCUGUGGUGGCGCUGCUGGUGGAGAUAAACUCCAUCUUCCUGCACCUGCGUCAGGUGUUGCGGCUGACGGGCCGGGGCACGACCACGCCCUACCGGCUCAACAGCCUGGUGACGCUGGCCACCUACGUGGUGUUCCGCAUCAGCACGCUGGCCUGGAUGACCCGCUGGCUGGUGCUGAACCGCGAACUGGUGCCCCUGUUCAGCUACAGCGUGGGCAGCCUGGGGCUGGCUGCCGUCACCAGCAUGAACAUUGUGCUGUUCUACCGGCUGCUACGCACCGACUUCCUGCUGCAGGGCCGCGGCGGCCGGCGGGACAAACAGGCCUAGGCCCCGUCGCCAUCAGCUCUGCACCGCGCCUCACCACAGCCACAACAUUACUAUUCACCAAGCAAAGAGGCCUAGGCCCCGUCGCCAUCAGCUCUGCACCGCGCCUCACCACAGCCACAACAUUACUAUUCACCAAACAAAGAGGCCUAGGCCCCGUCGCCAUCAGCUCUGCACCGCACCUCACCACAGCCACAACAUUACUAUUCACCAAGCAAAGAGGCCUAGGCCCCAUCGCCAUCAGCUCUGCACUGCGCCUCACCACAGCCACAACAUUACUAUUCACCAAACAAAGAGGCCUAGGCCCCGUCGCCAUCAGCUCUGCACCGCACCUCACCACAGCCACAACAUUACUAUUCUCCAAGCAAAGAGGCCUAGGCCCCGUCGCCAUCAGCUCUGCACCGCGCCUCACCACAGCCACAACAUUACUAUUCACCAAGCAAAGAGGCCUAGGCCCCGUCGCCAUCAGCUCUGCACCGCACCUCACCACAGCCACAACAUUACUAUUCACCAAGCAAAGAGGCCUAGGCCCCGUCGCCAUCAGCUCUGCACGUAACCGCCAACCAGCUGCGGGUCGCUGUAUCAGCUGGACAGUGCCUGUCCACCUAACCCUCCACUGGAUACUGCAAGCAAUCACGGAAGCCAAACUUGUGCCUUAUUGAGAAUGAAAGAUAAGUAUUUAUUUUAGGUACAUAGCGCCGAGUGUAGAAAAGGCUCCAGGUCUUGAGAAGACUUCUGAUACCUCAAAAGUUCUGUCUGUCUGUAAGUGACAUCCAUUUUGCCAGAAGCACCUAAAUUGUGGGGUACUUCAGGAAUGUGGAUUAGCAUCUCUUUAAAACGAGUCUGGUGUGAAGAAGGCCGCCGGGCAACACUAAUGGCACAAUCCACCUGUUAUACUCGUACCUCAUGGGGUUUAUACCUGAUCUCAUGGACACACCCCUCCACUAGAGAGGCACAUCCCCUUUCACAGCAUCGAUGCUGGGGGGCGGGGCCUGGCUGGUCACCCUCCUCCCCUCCCCCUCCAUAUCAUGGGUUGUUUGCCUGUCUCCAUGGUAACACACUGUCUCUGUCAGCUUUGAUCUAAAACUCCAGACAACAGCCUCCUGAGCCACGGUCUGGUGACUGAUUGCACACAAACACAGACCACCUAACCUCAUAUUAACCGCACAACGCUGGUCUAUCAGGAAUGGUUUUUGAUAAUACAACACCUUCUGUAACAUGAUUGUAAGCUUUUACUUUUGUAUGUUUUUACAUUUUGUAUAUUUGUGUAUCUACUGAAGUGCAGUUAGAUGUGGCUGAACAAAAUAAUUGGAAAUAAUCGAAGAUGGCUGUACAAGUAGUGUUUUCUGGAAUGAUUCUCCAUACACUGGAGAUCAGAAUACUAGAUGUGAUGUGUGUUAGAUGGGAGCUUGUGGUUUACAGUAAGAUGAGCAGUAUCCUUUGAGUAUUGUUUGAGUAUAGUUUGAGUAUAAUUUGGCUGAACCAGGUCUGGUUCGUGGAGUAUAGUUUGUGUGGCAACAAUGUGUGAGAUCACAUUGUUGACUCAUGAGUGUAAAAUAGUGAUAUUCAGACCUUCCAUUGUGUUGAUGGUAAAUCUAGACUUUGCCAUUGUGGCUUCUUUAGGUAGCUCUGGGCUUAAGUGCAGCCACAGGCCUGUUGUCUGUGAUAACAGACUGUACCACUGUGAGUCUGUGAUCUUUGUGUUUGUGUACGUGCACGUGUGUGUGUGUGUGUGUGUGUGUGUAUGUGUGUAAACCUCUGAGGCUUUUACAGACGUGAUCUAGGCCUGAGCCUUAUGCCACUCAGCAGAUAUUACAACUGGGCAGACCGUCUGUGUGAUGACCGCCAUGGUGCAUCGCUGUUAUAGCCUCUCACCGCCACCAGGUGGAGCCAUAGUACUGUAAUGAUGCCAAACAGCGCUACAGGGCGGUCUGACCGAUACUGUUUUGAAAGUGACGGCUCAAAAUCUAAAACGUGCCAACAUUCCUUAUCCUCCUUUCAGUUCAGUAAAUCUGCGUUGUUAAAAACAAGGAACUGGCAACUGAUACAGUUUUAAAAGCAACAGUAACACAAUUCUUUGCAAAUGUCUGCUACCAUAACCCACAGAGAGGUGAGUUGGUGCAUUCUGUGCUUCUCCUUGUGAAGUGUGUGCCAUGUUGUUGCUAUGCUUGGUCAUCAGGGACUGUUGUUUCCCUGGGAGCAGACAGAGGGAGAUGAAAGGCGGCGGUCGAAUAGAGGAGGCGUGCUUCCGAUACGGAACAGUUCUGUGAACCGCCCUUGGUGAGAAUCUGACCAAUGAAAAUGCCUCCUCAGACGUGGUGAAGAUUGGGGUGAAGACUCUGUUCCCUGAUGGUGAAUUGAGAGUGUGGAGAUCCCUAUAGGUCUGAAACUACGCACAGAUUUCAUAUGACCUUCUGAAUCUUCAUCAGUGACUUAUUAUAGCAAAUAAUGUAUAAGGAAGCACAUAUUAAAUAAUGUCAGAUUCUGAAGUCGUUUUAAAAUGUCUGCCAAAAAAAAUGAAAAAUUGAAUUGAAUUUUCAGAAGGCAUAUUUUAUUUAUUCAGUAUUAUGCUUGAAUAUUUUUAAUUUUCUUAAUAGAGUCUUGUCUAAUUUGUAUUACAUUGUAUUGUUUGUUGUCUGUUUAUACUGUAACAACAAUACUUACUUAAUGUGGAAAUAAAAAAAUAACAUUU